AUGGGCUUCGAGCCAAGCCCGCACGAGGCGGCUCUCUACCGGCGGGGAAAUAGAGGAAAUAACCUGCUGGUGGGUGUUUAUGUUGACGACUUGGUGAUCACCGGCACCAAGGAUACAGAGGUGGUAGCGUUCAAGGAAGACAUGAAGACUGCCUACGCCAAGCGCGUCGUUGAGCUAGCUGGGCUCAACGAUUGCAACCCAGCCCUCACCCCGAUGGAGGAGAGGCUGAAGCUGAGCCGGGACAGCACGGCGGAGGAGGUGGAUGCUACGCAGUACCGGCGUCUUGUGGGGAGCCUUCGCUAUCUUACCCACACACGGCCGGACUUGGCGUUCUCCGUCGACUACGUUAGUCGGUUCAUGCAGCUGCCGACGAUGGAGCACCAGCAAGCUAUGAAGAGGAUCAUCCGCUACGUUGCGGGACUCUCGACUACGGCCUCUACUACCCGAGGUGCCCUGGAAAGGCACAGUUCAUUGGGUAAACCAACAGCGACCACGCCGGCGACAUCGACACUAGCAAGAGCAUAA